GUAAACCUUUGCAAGCUCAACAAGCUGCCUUUGAAAAAUUAAAACAAAAAUUAACAAAAUGUUCAAAUUGUUGAUUGUAUCUGCUGUGUUUGCUGUUGCCUUGGCUUAUCCUGGUCUUUAUGAAACCUCUGUAGUCCAUUCUGCUCCCUUGGUAACUGUCAAGGAACAUGGCUAUGCCAAUGUGGGCUCAAUUGUCAAAUCUCUGCCCUCCUCAGUGUCCCAUCAAAGCCAUUCGGUGGUGCACAGCUCCUCUCAUGUUGUGGAGGAUGUUUUGGCCCCAGCUGUAAAGACUACCUCAUACACCUCCAAGAGUUUGCUGACUCCCGUAGUGGAGACCUAUGCUGUUCCAACUGUGGUAAAGACGGUGGCUGCUCCAGUGGUUCACACUUAUGCUGCAGCUCCAUUAGUUGUCAAGUCUUGGUAGAUUUACAUUCAAAUUUUUGUUAUGAAAUAAAGUUGUUGUUAAAUUAAA